CGCCACCCUCCAAAACACAUACACAUAAACUGACACAGAAACCACAGAUAUCUUGAAGCGAGAAUCUCAUGGACUCGUCUCAAAACGAUGUCGUAUACCAACGGCUUCUACAGCCUCAGCUUUCUCCCUUGCCGGAAUCCAGCAACGGCGAGUUAGAGAGAGUGCUUUCCGACUUGGAAACUCCCUUGUUCCGCCGCCUACGUAAAGCCACCAUGAUUGAAUCCAAACUCCUUUUCAAACUUGCUGCACCAGCUGUCAUAGUGUACAUGAUAAACUACCUCAUGUCCAUGUCUACUCAAAUUUUCUCCGGUCAUCUAGGAAACCUAGAGCUAGCUGCUGCUUCUCUCGGAAACACAGGAAUACAAGUCUUCGCUUACGGUCUCAUGCUAGGGAUGGGGAGUGCAGUGGAGACGCUUUGUGGACAAGCGUUUGGAGGGAGAAAAUACGACAUGCUCGGCGUUUAUCUCCAGAGAUCCGCCGUGUUGCUCACGCUCACCGGCGUCCUCCUCACCGUAAUAUACGUUUUCUGCAAACCCAUUCUUCUUUUCCUCGGGGAGUCGCCCGAGAUCGCUUCCGCAGCGUCUCUCUUCGUCUACGGCCUUAUCCCUCAGAUCUUCGCCUACGCGAUGAACUUCCCUAUCCAAAAGUUCCUCCAGGCUCAAAGCAUCGUUGCCCCGAGUGCUUACAUUGCAACCGUCACUCUCUUCGUUCAUCUUCUCCUAAGCUGGCUCGCUGUGUACAAGCUCGGGUGGGGUUUACUCGGAGCGUCGCUCGUGCUGAGCUUCUCGUGGUGGAUCAUUGUGGUGGCUCAGUAUGUUUACAUCGUGACGAGUGAUCGGUGUCGUGAGACGUGGAGAGGGUUCAGUGUUCAGGCGUUCUCGGGGCUACCGAGUUUCUUCAAACUCUCUGCCGCCUCCGCCGUGAUGCUUUGCCUUGAGACUUGGUAUUUUCAGAUCUUGGUUCUUCUCGCCGGACUCCUCGAGAAUCCGGAACUUGCUCUUGAUUCUCUAUCUAUUUGCAUGACGAUUUCUGGAUGGGUGUUUAUGAUCUCUGUUGGAUUCAAUGCAGCGAUAAGUGUAAGAGUGAGCAAUGAACUUGGAGCUGGAAAUCCUAAAUCAGCAGCAUUUUCUGUAAUCAUCGUUAACAUUUAUUCGUUGAUCACAUGUGUGAUCUUAGCCAUAGUAAUUUUGGCUUGUCGUGAUGUUUUGAGUUAUGCAUUCACCGAGGGUGAAAAAGUAUCGGCUGCAGUUUCUGAACUCUGCCCGCUUCUUGCCUUAACACUUAUCUUGAAUGGAAUCCAACCAGUUCUUUCCGGUGUGGCGGUUGGUUGUGGUUGGCAAACGUUUGUGGCAAAAGUUAAUGUUGGAUGUUACUAUAUUGUUGGAAUUCCUCUCGGGGCUCUCUUCGGAUUUUACUUCAAAUUCGAUGCCAAGGGUAUAUGGACGGGAAUGAUAUGUGGUACGCUUAUACAAACCGUUAUUUUAGCGUGGGUCACGUUUAGAACGGACUGGACAAAAGAGGUGGAAGAAGCUUUUAAAAGGUUGGACAAAUGGAACAACAUAAAACUAGAAGUGGUUCCCGAAUAAUGCAAGUCGAUGGAAUUUGAUGACCAAUGAACCGAUUGGAUCCAUUGGUUUAAUGAAAAUCGAUUCAAAUGCUCAAGAUAACCGAUGAGCUGGUACCUUUAUUUUUUGUUUGGGCAACGGGUGGGAUGUACUAUAUAUAGGACAUGUCUUUUAUCUUUGAUUAAUAUCUGUGCAUGCUUGCUUUAAAGUUAAAACUAAAUAAUAAGUUGGUAAGGUAUGCCAAAUUAAAAUGGCCAUUGCUUUAUAUA